GAUUUUUUUAGCUUUGAAUAAAAAGAGUUUUCUUCUUAGCACAUAAUUGCAAUUAGCACACUGCAUUGACAACAUGGAGAGAGUUUUCCCAUUUUUCCUUCUUUCCAUACUCAUAUUGUUUCCUUGUCAUAGCCAUGCUACUUCUCAUCAAAUCAAUACUAAUGAGUCUGCACUUCUUGCAUUCAAACCCCCUCAUGCCUUCAGAUCCUGACUAUAUUUGAAAAAAGAAUUGGACCGCGGGGACCUCUGUGUGUACAUGGUUAGAAGUUACUUGUGAUUCGCGUUAUAAUAGGGUGACUUAUUUAGAUCUCUCGUGGAUGGGACUCAAUGGGAGCAUUCCACCAGAAAUCGCAAAUCUUUCUUUUCUUGUUUCUCUGGAUUUGAUUUGGAACCAUCUUCAUGGUGGCCUACCAAAGGACAUUUGCAGCCACAACAAACUUUCAAGACUCGAAGAACUUCAGCUAUCCUUCAACCAUUUGAAAGGAGAGAUACCACUGAGCUUGGGUGUAUGUCAACAACUCGAGAUUCUUGACUUUUCAUACAACAACUUUGGCGGACAUGUGCCUCGAGAAAUUGGGAACAUCACACGCCUUACGAAAUUAGACCUUCACUGGAACAAUUUAUCAGGUAUUAUUCCGAAAGAGAUUGGCCAUCUUAAUAAUUUAGAGUUCAUGGGUUUAGGUUCCAACAAACUUAGUGGAUCAAUCCCAAAAGAAGUGGGGAACAUGACGGCUCUUAUCCGCUUAUGGCUUGACAGUAAUAGUUUAAGUGGUACUAUUCCUAGAGAGAUUGGUGGUCUUAAUAAAUUGGAGAUGAUGUGGUCGGAUGAUAACAAAGUUAGCGGAUCAAUCCCAAGAGAAGUGUGGAACGUGGCAACUCUGCUCCAGUUACGGCUCAAGAAGUGUGGAAGGAGUUAUUCCACGAGAGAUUGGUCGUCUUGAUCAUUUAAAUGGUUAGACGUGGGUUUUAACAUGUUAUCCGGACCAUUGCCUCCAACCAUUUUCAAUUUGUCUACUUUGGGAGGGAUUCAGCUAUCAAGGAACAGACUUAGCGGGUCAUUGCCCUCGGAAAUUGGGAAUAUGAAAGAACUGCUAGCCUUAUACCUUGACAAUAAUGUUUUAAGCGGUCCAAUACCAUCUACCAUUGGAAAUCAAUCAAGUUUAGUGGAAUUAUUGCUCUCUUCCAACAAAUUUGAGGGUGAGCUCACAUCCUCCAUCUGCAACUUGACUUCAUGGUUUGAGAUACUUAUUGUCUCAAACAAUACUUUAGAAGGAACAAUUCCUCAAUGCUUUGGAAACUUUAGCCAGUAUAUGAAGAUCUUUCAUUUAAACACGAAUAAGUUUAGCGGUCUACUUCCAUCAACAUUUAGCAAUGAUUGUCGGCUUGUGUCCAUCAAUUUGGGAACCGACAAAUUGGAAGGACGAUUACCUAGAUCCUUAAACAACUGCCAAUAUCUAAAGGGGCUUGACAUUGGAAAUAAUAGAAUACAAGAUGAAUUUCCAUUUUAGAUGGAAGGUCUUCCCGAGCUUCGAGUUCUAGUGUUGAGGUCUAACAAGUUUGGUGGUAACAUGUCACGUCCUUCAUCAACCAAGAUUUCAUUUCCUAAGUUGCAAGUUUUAGAUGUAUCCUAUAAUGAAUUUGUGGGCUCUCUACCUCAAACAUAUUUCAAGAAUUUCAAAGCAAUGGCAGAGGCCAUAGGAUUAUAUUAUGACAGCUUUCUAUCAAAUCUGGAGAUGAGGCGGUCAGGAUCAGUUAUUGAGUAGACUAUUCGACACCUUUACGACAAUAGAUUUGUCAUCCAAUAGAUUCUCUGGAAUUAUUUCUCAAAUACUUGAACUUGUCCCACAAUAGCCUAGCCUCACAGGACAUAUACCUUCAUCUAUUGGAAACAUGGGAGAACUCGAAUCAUUGGACUUGUCAAUGAACAAAUUGGAUAGAGAAAUUCCAAGUUAAUUGACAUGGUUGACAUUUGUUUCGAAAUUAAACCUUCCAGUGAACAAUUUUGUUGGGCAAAAACCGCGAUCCAAUCAGUGCUCCACAUUUGAGAAUAAUUCAUAUAUGCGAAACUUGGGAUUGUGUGGACUUCCGUUGACAAGAAAAUGCAAAGAUGAUGAUGGGCAAUUGAUGCAGUCUGCAGAAGAAGAGGGUGAUGAUGAAUAUGAAUUCAUAGAUGGAUAUGGUUGGCGAAGUGUGGUGAUGGGAUAUGGAAGUGGAUUCGUAGUUGGGAUUGGAAUUGGAUACAUGAUUAUAAGGAGUGGAAGGCCAUCAUGGUUAGUGGAAUUCUUUUUCGGAGUUGGUUAUAAAUAUAAGACAAAGAAGAGACGCAAUAAAGCUUCACCUGCACCAUCACGCAGCGGAACUUGAUACUAAGCCAAAAAGAGAACUUGAUAACUAAGCCAAAAAAGAGAACACUGUGUUUUAUAUGGAAUUCUUGGUUGUGUUCAAAAGAACUUUUGUUUGA